GGUGUUCGAAUCGCACCGGUCUUGAGGAGGAAUUCAGGCGGACGAGGAAGAGAAGUUGGACGGCCGAGAAUCAGGAAGUUUAAAAACAUUAACUUCGAAUAAAAAUCAGAAUUCGGAGCCGGUGUCGGACUGUGCGGGAGGAUCCAGGAGAGAUCCGGUGUUUAAUGCUGUUAUAGUCGCGGUUAAAUCGGUGCUUCUGGUUAGAAGAUGGAUCCCAACACACUGGAGCAGGGGCGCGGCGGCGGCGGUGGUGCGGGGGCGGCGGCUGCCCCGGAGGAAGUGGACCGUGUGAAGUCACUGCAGUCGCAGGUGGACGGCGUGAAGGACAUCAUGACCGAGAACGUGGAGCGGAUCCUGGCGCGAGGGGAGCGACUGGACGACCUGAUGGACAAAUCCGAGGACCUGAAGGCCGGGGCGCAGAACUUCAAGCACACGUCUCAGAAGGUGGCCCGAGCUUACUGGUGGAAGAACGUCAAGCUGAUGCUGGUGAUCUUCAUCAUCGUGGCCGUCAUCGUGCUCAUCAUCAUCCUGCUGGCCACGGGGGUCAUCCCGACCGGCAGCAGCUCCAAACCGGGACCCCAACCUCCACCUCAACCCACCAAAAAACCCUGAGCGCCCCACGUACGAGCUCUUUACAGGAAAACGUCUUUGUGCUUUAUUUUAAUUUCUUCUAAACGUAAAACGUUCUAGGUUAUGAAAACGUGAACCAAUUACAUAUAUAGUUUGGUAAACGAACAUAAAUCGUCUUUAAACAAACCUUUUCCUAAUUAAAUACUGUAAAAUUUAAUAAAUAUGUAAAAAUAGCAGCACCAAAACAGCCUUAACAUCUCGAGAGUGAGUCCAGGCGUCGUCCCUCCUGCAUCAUUAGUAGCACAACGUUCCUCUCAAACGUUCAGUCUCGUCUCUCUAGGAAAGCGAUUUCAUUCUGAUGGAAAAUAUUUCAGUUCUUUUAGGAAAUAAAAGCUGGAAUUUACGUUUAAAGUCACAUAGCGGAAUAAAAUCUGUAGUUAUUUUUUAUUUUGAUGUUACUGGUAGGAAACUGAGGAAAGCUGAAAAUAUCUGUGGUUACAGUAAAUAAUAUAGAUCCUAAUCUUCUAAAUGAGCUUUUCUAUUAUUAAACAUUUAGUAUCAUAGUAUUUUGUAUCAGAAGAUAACUUUAUAAGGUAAAAUAUAUAUGUAUAACUUAUCUACGUAAAAAUAAAGUUUGACCUUAAAUUGUGGACAUUUCUGUUCCAGCAUAUUGUGUAAAGUGAGCCACUGAAUGAGGGGAUUUUAAUAAUAUGAACAUAAUUCUACACUGUAUGUCUGGAACUGGUCAUAAAUAAAUACAUUACAGAAUAAUUACUAUAUAAAACCAACAUUCUUUAUAAAUAUUUAUAUGUAUAGAAUAAUGAUCUAAUUCUAACCUAAGCAUCGUGUGGUCAUUAGUAGAAGAAACAGAUUCGGACGUUUAACACAGACGCUACACGACCUGAAAAGCACCAGAGAAUCGAUCCAGCAUGAACGGUUUAAAAUAUAUUCACUCAAUUCAACAAUAAAAAAAUUGUCAUUAGUGUUUUCUAGAUGUUUCUAAUAUAAAAUAGAUUAAAUAUUUCAUAAGAAAGCUGAAGUGUCGUUGUUAGUUUCUAGACAUUCUGACAGGAACAAAUCCAGAAAUGAAGGAACUAAAAUAAAUAAUAAUUAUUAUUAUUAACUGUUUAAUAUUAAAGGUGGAAAAUCUUCUGUUAAACUGUUAAAACUCCAUUCAUGUGUAAAACAUUAUAAAAUAUAAAAAAUAUGUAUUAUAUCAAUGAGCUCCAGUUACUAAACUAAGCAACAUUACGCAACACUGUACGUCUGGAUGUGUCCAAAAAUAUCCGGACACACACCCAACAUCAUAAAUCCGCUGGAUCUGAAUUCAUGGAGGAAUAUUUAAAAGUUUCAUACUGAAAAAGAUCCAGAAAUGAGUUUUUAAUUCCCUGAGCUCACACACCCAUUCACCUAUAGGGCAAGUCAGUGUCUCCAGCAUGUUUUUGGACUGUGGGAGGAAACCGGAGCUCCCGAGGGAAACCCAUGCAGAAAGGACUCGGACCGCCCCGUCUGGGGAUCGAACCCAGGACCUUGUUGCUACCCGACUGUUUUAAAUAAGCAGUAAAUUUAAAGAUCCUUGCGGACACCCUGUGGGGAAAAAAUAGAUUAAAAUAUUAAAAUGAAUGAAUCCAAAAAUAUCUAAAUGUUUAUACAUCAAUAUUUUAAAUAUCUGGGAACGUAUUUGAUGUGUUACUCAGUUAAAGUAGCUGAUAUUUGCCUGUCAGUGCUGGAACUUUUAAGAAGGAUUAGCAUUUCCGAAAGUUAGAAACAUCUGGAAACGUUACGUAAGCCUUUUUCUAAGCGGCCACAUGAACCCUGAAACAUCUGGAAAUCAAAAUAAAAUGUGGAAACUUGCGGGAAUGCCAGAGCCUGGAAUGUCCUGGAUGUUAAAGCUGGGUGAAUUUGGAACUCUGAACGGUGCAGAGGUUCAGGAAGGUGUGUUCAUUGUUACGUCCUGAUGAACGACGGGAGCCGAUGCGCUUUGCUUUAUGUUAAAAACCUCAUCGUUUCCAGUCGUUCAGGGUUUCUGUGGCUGGGAACGUCAUGAAGGAAACGCCCCGAGUUCCUAAACUGAACCUUAUGGCGUGAAUUCAUCAGUGAUAUUGAGAUUUUUGUUAGUGAUGAUAGAGUUACGAUUAUAGUGCAAUAAGGAAUCAUAUGGAAGAGUUGGCUCUUGGCUCUGAUUGCUGUUACGUAAUAAAAUCUAAUCAGGACCAAAAGUUUAGUCUUUCUGUAAAUACAUUUUAUGAUAUUUCUAUAUAUAUAUAUUUUUAUCUCAAAUCACCCAAAUCUAAUUCUUUAUAAUCCAUAUGAACUUUAUUUAUUGCUCAGAAUCUUACUCAGCUGUUUUUAGCCUGUAUAGUGAUCAGGAAUGAAAUGAAAAGCAUAGUAAUAUUCACAUAUUCAGAUCCUAAACUGAUUCUAGUCGUAGGAAUACUUUAAUAAGGGCUAAAACACGUGUCUCUAUAUUAGUUCCAGUUCUGAAUCAUUUUACUGUGUCUUGUACCUUUUCUGUUCUUUUUUUCUAAUGAAGAUACGCAUGUACACGUCUGUCAGAGGGAUUUUAAACGUGUCCGAUUUCUGAAUAAAGAAAUAAAAAGUCUAAAA